UCCUUUCAUCGCCAGUAAGCAGCAAGGAGAACCUCUUGCUUCUCCCUACUUUCUCUCUGUCCACUAGGAUCCCACAGUAGUUGUUUCUUCAAGAGGGAGGGAAGAAGAAGAGCAACAAGCAUGGCUCUCUCCACCGUCAACUUCACAGUUCUCUUAGUUCUUACCCUCACGUCACUAUGCUCUGGUACUAGCGGUCCUGGGGCGUACCUGUACCCACAGUUCUACCAGCACUCCUGCCCAAGGGCUCAAGAUAUUGUAAGGUCUGUCGUCGCCAAGGCUGUGGCCAUGGAGACUCGAAUGGCUGCUUCUUUGCUCAGGCUUCACUUCCACGACUGCUUCGUCAAGGGUUGCGAUGCAUCGUUGCUGUUGGACAGCAGUGGCUCCAUCGUGAGUGAGAAAGGAUCCAACCCAAACAAGAACUCCGCCAGAGGGUUUGAGGUCAUCGACGAGAUCAAAUCCGCACUGGAGAAAGAAUGCCCACAGACGGUGUCUUGCGCUGACAUCCUGGCCCUUGCCGCCAGGGAUUCCACAGUUUUGGUUGGUGGGCCCAACUGGGAGGUCCCACUGGGAAGAAGGGACUCGCUCGGUGCGAGCUUAAGUGGUUCCAACCACGACAUACCUGCGCCCAACAACACUCUGCAAACCAUCACCACCAAGUUCAAGCGGCAAGGCCUUGACAUCGUGGAUCUCGUUGCACUCUCAGGCAGCCACACCAUCGGUCUAUCACGUUGCACGAGCUUUAGGCAGAGGCUGUACAACCAGACGGGGAAUGGGGUGGCUGAUAGCACGCUCGAGGAAGCAUACGCUUGGCAGCUGCGGUCACGUUGUCCUCGAUCGGGUGGCGAUGACAACCUCUUCUCCUUGGAUCGCGUUAGCCCCACCAAGUUCGACAACAACUACUACAAGAACAUAGUGGCCGGAAAGGGUCUGUUGAACUCAGAUCAAGUGCUGCUCACGCAGAGCCUGGAGACGAUGGCGCUGGUGAAGCAGUACGCCGAGAACACUGACCUCUUCUUCGACCACUUUGCCAAGUCCAUGGUGAAGAUGGGGAACAUAUCACCUCUUACUGGUGCCACAGGGGAGAUUAGGAAGAACUGCAGGAAAACCAAUUAAAAGUCGGUAGAGAACAGCGACGGUCGUCCGUCCAAUUUGUUCUGUUCGUCGUCCUUUCAUUUUCAGCUCUUUCGUGGGAUCUGUUGUUGUAAUCGGCAGUUUGGUUGCGGUUUGGGUUGUGUCAAGUGUGAGGUAAUCGUAAGUCAAUAAUAAUAAAGAGGAUUUCUCGGUCA